AUGUGCAACCCCGUAGCGUACUGGUGCUGCGGAUUUGAUUCUGGGCACCGUUUGACGUUGGAUGAACAAGCUGGUUGUUGCGUAGGGCAGGCAAACGAUACCGCCAAGCGGGGAACCGGCCUCGCUACCAGAGGGAUUAAUCGCAUGUACGGUGCAAGAAAUCUAUACAAAAUGUUUAACGAUAGCUUCCCAAGGCCGUUGGAGGACAGUUCAUCCAAUCGCAAGCACGAUGAGGAAUCCAGUUGGUUCGGCAGCGGAUUUGUGGACAUGGUUGUCAACAACACGGCGCAGCUUGCCAAUAUGCUGCAGUGGGGGGAGCGCGAUACCUACUAUUCGCUCUCCAAGGAGGAGGCUGAAACUACUGAGACGAGGAAUCGUAUGUGCCAGCAAACGGACAAUGCUAACACGUCUUCCGGUAGCGGGUCAAGUGAAGAGGAUGCUGGUUACACUCCCAGCUCCACGGUGGUGGACAUGACCAUGUACGAUCGUUUGGGCGUGGAGUGCACUGCGUCCAAGUCUAAGAUCAAGCAGGCGUACUACAAGCUUGCGCUCAAAUACCACCCCGACAAAAACCCGAACGAUGAGGAUGCAAAACGAAAGUUCCAGGAGAUCGGAGAGGCGUAUCAGAUACUCUUCGACGACGCCACGCGUCAGCGCUACGAUAGCCAGGGUAACACGGGAGAGUACGACUUCCCAACCAUGGACGCAUCGCUUUUCUUCAUGCUGCUUUACGGUUCGGAGGCCCUGGUGGAUUAUAUAGGCACCCUGAAGAUUGCGCAUCUGCUCAAGCAUGUCACCGGCAACGGUAGCCGUCCAAAGAACAUGAGCAACGAAAUGGAGGUGGAGCAAACUUACCGAGAGGUGUCGUUGGCUGUUAAGUUGGCUAAGAGGCUGGACAACGAAGUCAGGGGCGGUGAAAUAAGCCAGGAAUUGCGUGAAGACUUGGAUAAGUUGUGCUCCGGUGCCUUCAGUGACGCUUUGGUGGACUCUAUCGGUUGGGUGUACGAGAACUGUGGUGACUAUUUCGUAGCUGAUGCCACUACACUUUGGGGCAUCGGGACGACCGUUGUGAACGUGCAGGCGGCCGGCCGCACCCUGGGCAACACCUGGAGCAUGGCCAAGUCCGUGGUGAACGUGGCGAUGCUGGUGAAGGACAUGAAGACUGGCCAGGACCAACACGAGGCGCUGGACCAGCUGACGAACAUCGUGGAAAACGUCCUCUCGAUAGUGUUAUAUGAUGUUGAGAACACCGUGCGAUCCGCCGCCACAAAGUGCUGCAAGGAUUGCGAUGUCUCUGUAGAGCAGCGUCUGGAGCGUGCCCGCGCGUUGGUGACGCUGGGCCGGUACAUGCAGGAAACCGCGAGACGAUACCGCAUUCAAGCUCCCGAAACUCAAGACGUAUCCAAGCGACUGUUAGACGCACUCGAAAAGGCGAGGGUCAAAAAGAAUGAGGCGUGA